GUAAGGAACUGUAACAGUGGGUUUGAUGCGGGAUUUUCUAAAUCAGGUCACUCCAAGCUGGCAACCCGGUGUUCAGCCAGCACGGACACAGUGUUCGGCUCAAAUUGCUCUGCUGAAUCCGGUUUAAGGACGAGCUUGAAUUAAAGCACGUCUCUGAAUUCCAAGGUUAAUCCACCAUGCUCCUGUUUUUACCUGCGUUAUUGUGCGUUUUCACAGGAGGCGGAUGUCUGCCCGUGUUGGAUGUGAAGGGAAGCGAUUGCUUGGAGGAUGCAAGUAUGAAAACUGAUGGACACUGGCCCCAAGCAGGCUGUGAUGCACAGGUGACAGAUGACAUUCUGACCGCUGAAAAGCGGCACCAGGGUCUGCUGAGAGAGCUACAGGAGCUGGUUGAACAUGAGUUUGAAAGAGAACACGAUGACACUCGGGAGACGGAGGAGUACGACCUGAACGACCUGGAUGACCAGGAGGAUGGGAAACAGGCUAGACGGAGGGAUGAAGAACAGAUGGAGGCCCGGAAACAAGGAAACAAAGAAGAAGAGGAGGAGGAGAGCGCCCGAGAGCUGGAGGAACUGCUGGCUGAACAGAUCCGGAAGAAAGAAGAGGGGAGGAAAGACGAUGCAGAGUUGGAGGAGCUGAGAAAAGAGGAGGUAAACUCCGAGAAGGACAGGGAAGAAGAGGAGAAGGAGAGGAGUAAGAACGAGGCGGAGCUGACAGCUGAGAAAGAGAAGGUGGAGCAUGAGCUUCAGGCGCUGACGAGUGACGAGACGAAGAUGAGGGAGAGGCAGGAGAAGGAGGAGGAGCUGCAGGAGCUGGUGCACAAGAUGGAGAGAGCGAAGGAGGAGCAGGAAGCGCCAACAGAGGGAGAGAAGGGAAAGGAGGAAGACACGACCCCCGAGACAAAAGAGCCACAGCAGAAAAGGGAGAUGGAGAAAGCGAGUGACGAGAGGACGCGGCAGUUCGAGAAGGAGAGAUACAGCGAUGACGAGGAGGAGGAAGAUGGCGAUGAAGACGAGGAGGAGGAGCAAGACGAAUCUGAGGAGCUGUUGGAGAUCGAAGCCCAGUUGAGGAGAGUGGCUGCCGAACUGAGGAAACUGCACCGGGGCUAAACACAUGAAAACACACUUACACACACUUACACUCUCUCUCGCACACACACACACACACACACACACACACACACACACACACACAAGAUACAAGCCAUACCAGUUGCUCUUUAUAACACACAGUAAUACACAAUUUCUCACUGUAAUAGUUCCAGUGUUAACUCUUAGUGCAGUGGUGUGUGUGUGUGUGUGUGUGUGUGUAUGUGUAUACAUACACAAACACAAUUCUAUGUUUAUAAUUCUAUAAACAACAUAUUCACAAUAAUUAGCCUUCUAAUUAACACAAGCCAAGGUGAAUCAAUCUGAGUCAAUUGAAUCGAUGAAUCAAAAUAAGAAGACCAGCCAAGACAUGUUCGGUGUCUGACGUUUGCAAGGCUAAUGUAGCUAACAAGUAGAGGAGGCUUAUAGCCACCAGUUUAACACGGUGUACUGAACGAACGAACGAAUCAGCUUUGCGGAGUUGUUCAAUGAAUUGAACAGGCUUUCUGACUCGGCACGACUCACCGUUACGUAUAAAAACACAGACAAAAGGACGUCACAGAGCUCGAAACAGUCACCGGAUUAGUUUCUCCUUCCGCACGUUUGAUGUUUGGUGUCACAGAAACAUCAGAGGAGGAGGAGGAGGUGUGGCCUAAAGCGAUUGACUCAGUGAUUAAUCGAUUCAGAUGCUAGAAUUUGCGAAACUUAGCUGAUCGAGUACAUUUUUGCGAAUAUUUUCUUUUGAUUAGUCAAGUUACCGGUAACUGAAAGGACUUGAGUUGUGUGUGUGUGUGUGU